UGACUUUACUGUGUUCUCUUUCAUAAUGGCUUCAUACCUUCUACAGUCAAUUUCCAUGUUGGUUUGGUGCAAGAUUCUGCUUCAGAAAUGUGCAACUGCAAGCAAAGAUUUCCCUGAACCCGUGGUCUUUCUUCCUCUAAACAAAGAGUAUGGCACACGAGAUAUCAGUAAAAACUACCUAACAACAACAGCCAAUGGUAUUGCUUUGGCUCCUGGACCAGAUGGACAAGCUGAUGGUUCUUAUGAAUUUCCUGGCAACGCUAACGGAUAUAUUGAAAUUCCUAAAUCGCGCAAAACUGACACUAGGCACAAAAUAUCAUUCUUCACUUGGAUCUUUUACAAAGGCACUUAUGGUCCAAUUCUUAACUAUGAAACAGAUGACAUUACCUGGGGUCUCCACAUCUUCACCGAUGUCAACAAAGCGAAUACAUUUUUUGUUUGCUUCGUAUCUCGAUCAGACAUGACCAGGUGUAGAUACAAUCUGGAAUAUACUAUUCACAAAGAUGCAUGGAAUUUUGCUGGGUUUUCAUACGACAGCACCGCUAGAAAAAUGAAGCUUUAUGUCAAUGGGGUAGUUACAGAGAAAACCGCAACAGAGACUUUUGAACUUCAUACAGAACCAAAAAUUCGAAUUGGAGGGACAAAGAAUAUAGUGCAUUCAAGCAAUAAGGGAUUCGCUGGACGAUUGUCGUGCUUUCAAAUCUAUGACACGGCAUUGACAGAAGAACAAAUAAAGAAGAUCCAGCAAUACUGUGAUAGAAAUGAUAUCUUCAARCCUUGUUUUGAUUAUAAAUUGCUUGAUAUCAACAACCGACUUCUGAACCAAACAUUUACUCAAGGGACUAAAACUGACAAAGCCAAAGUCAGUCGCAUUCACUGGCAUCGCUUAGCGGGAAAAAGAAUCAUUUCGUACUGUCCAAACUCUCAUGGUUCUUGUGGAAAACAGCCUCCAGGAUGGAUUAACGGUCAAUAUCCAAGGCUGGAAGAUGGGAUCAAAACAAUGGAAUUGUGCUAUCGUAAAGACUCUGAUUGUUGUGCCUUCAAAGUCAGUGUGCUUAUUCGAAUUGGAGGGACAAAGAAUAUAGUGCAUUCAAGCAAUAAGGGAUUCGCUGGACGAUUGUCGUGCUUUCAAAUCUAUGACACGGCAUUGACAGAAGAACAAAUAAAGAAGAUCCAGCAAUACUGUGAUAGAAAUGAUAUCUUCAAACCUUGUUUUGAUUAUAAAUUGCUUGAUAUCAACAACCGACUUCUGAACCAAACAUUUACUCAAGGGACUAAAACUGACAAAGCCAAAGUCAGUCGCAUUCACUGGCAUCGCUUAGCGGGAAAAAGAAUCAUUUCGUACUGUCCAAACUCUCAUGGUUCUUGUGGAAAACAGCCUCCAGGAUGGAUUAACGGUCAAUAUCCAAGGCUGGAAGAUGGGAUCAAAACAAUGGAAUUGUGCUAUCGUAAAGACUCUGAUUGUUGUGCCUUCAAAGUCAGUGUGCUUGUGAGGCAGUGUUAUGGAUAUUACGUGUUCAAGUUUGAUGACUUUCCGGUUGAAGGCCGAUUUUGCGUCGAACAAGAUAAAAGCACCUUUCAUAAUGCCAUGUUUUUGUCCACCAAUGAAAGAUGCCUAACCGAUCACGCGUUUUAUAUGGGUAAUGAUGUGAAUGAGGCAUCCAAAUGCGUAAGCUAUUGCCUGAAUGCCGGCAGCAGAUGCAAGUCUGUUAACUAUAUCAAGGAAGGCAGUGGAAGAUGCCAGCUUAACAACGCUACGAAAGCUGAGGGUCAUCUUCGAGAAGAUCCCAAGUGUUCUUAUUAUGAAAAGUACUCGAGCAACGAAUUCUCAGAGUAUCUUUUAAAACCACAAUUCUAGCACAAUAGUUCUCGGAUGCAACCUGCCCAUGCAAGUCGUCUCUUUACACAUUAACUGUGAAUUAACUGUGUUUCUCGUUUGGCUGCUUUAUCAGCUAUUGCAAGUUUCAUUGCCUCUUCAAAUGUUGGAUUGUCCUGACUUAAGAGUUUCUUUUGUGUGUGUGUGUGGUCGUCUCGAAUGCCACUAAUAAACUGAUAUCGGAGGGAACGGGUUAAUAUUGUUCCAAAAUUGCAGUUAGUUGCUAAACGCCUAAGUCGAGUACUGUAUUUAGCAAUACUUUCUUGCUCUCCUUGCACACACAAAUGAAAUUUAUAAGUUCCUGCUACCUCCAAAUUCUUUGGCUUAAAAUGCGCCUUUAAACAUUAGCAGAAAU